UCGUGCAACCUGCGGACGUGUUUUUUCUCCGGUACGUUGUUAACCACUCAGCCAGUGAUCAGUUUGUGGCUUCGUGUAUUGUGGUAGUUGUGGGCAGUCAAAGCAGGGCGUUGGCAAUACAAAAGCGUCCAGUGACCGACAUUCGCGUGAGGUGGAAGCCCAGAAAAGGAUAGGGUACCCUUGUUACUCCUCUCACACAAAUUCCGCGCAUCGUUAGUUGGCGAAUCGUUGCGGACGCUUAUCAAGGUAACCUACGAAAAGAUAACAAAAUUUACCGAUAAACGUGCGUCGUACUUCAGGUGGAACAACACAAAAAUCGAUAAACCAUAUUUACAGGGGAAGUUGUGCAACAACAUCAUGGGAAAUAAAUUCAGAAAAUAAUAGGCUAUUGUAUGUGAGGCGUAGUUUUCAGAUACGCGCGUGGAAAACGUCGAUGAAAAGUGAAUGGAAAGCCAAGUUGUAUUCCGUUAUACGCCGUGUUGAACGAGCCAAGCCAUUACUCAUCGAUCGUCACGUCGAGUGGUGGAAGCAUUGCAGCGAGUAUUUCAUGAAUGAGUAACAAUUACCUAGAAGUCAACCUCAAUUAGCACACAUACCGACGCAUACGUUACAUCAGUAGUGCUCAGUGCGGUAUAAUGUGACUGUGAAACUCGAGGUGGCACUUAAGCGAGACGCGUCACCUGUGGUGCUUUGUGUUGGUGACUAAUCACCUUAUUCGGUUGCAAUCGCUAUUCACGUUAAUGGCUUGGAUCGUAAAUUCGAACCACUGACGUCACGGAUUAUGUUAUGUACUACUGUUUCAAAACAAUAACCUUGAAACGACGCGUAAAUUUAAUCAGAGUGCAUACGAAAACGGGUUCAUGUGUGAGAAACAAUUACUAAUCAACCGCUUAUUAACUCAGUGAAAUUCUUCGCACACCUGAACCUUAAGUUGUAGCUGAAAUGUGAAUAAUAAGUUAUACCUCGCCAAGUGAUGCAGAUGUGGUGUCUGUGGAGUUAUUCCAGUGCCGGCUGAUGCAUUGCGCUGCUGCAAGUUGUUCAAAGUGUGUUAAACAUGGCUGUGGCGGUGAACGGACGACGUCUAACUUCAGUGAAAAGCGCACGUGCCACAUCUUAUUGUAGUGUACGAAGAAAGUGUGUUCAUUUAAGUUCUGGUUUAAGCGUACUAGUUUAUGCAACAUUCCUGCUGUGCUGUAGCAUCUGUGAGGUCAGUGGACAAUAUCAUACGACGCGAGAUCCGCGGUGGUACUCGCGGGAAGGAGAUUACAGCUACCACUUGCCCAAUCCUGGUGAUCCAGAUUACAGGACCUACACCUACAACAAUCGCCGAUACGGGUUUUACCAACCGAAUGGCUACGGUCAGCUUUAUCCUGGCCAAAACAAACCAGGCCAGUAUCCGCAAAACACAGGACUGGGAGAAGAUCGGUUCAAGUUCGACCCGACCAAUCCAAACAACGUUCAGACUCCGUUCCCGGGGGUGCUCGGCGGUUGGCGAGAAGAUCUGCAGGGUAAACUGCGCCGUGACUCACUGCAGCUAGAUCGCGAUGUGUUUGUAACCACCAACUACGGGCAGGUGCAGGGUUUCAAGGUGCAUCUCUACGACAAUCCCGAUCCGAAAUCAUUUUACCGACCGUGGCACAGUCCGGUCGACCGAACUAUGGGUACCUGCUCGACGUUCCUGGGUAUCCCGUACGCAUUGCCACCAACCUUCGAGGGAAGAUUCAAACCUCCGCGGCAGCAUCGUGGCUGGCAACUACUACAGGCGGUUGACUAUGGGCCGGCCUGCCCGCAACCGGUGCAGUACACUGGUGCAACGAAGGGCAUUCGUGAUAUGGAUGAAGACUGUCUUUACCUGAAUGUGUUCUCGCCUAAUACUCAAUCCGGAGUUGCUCAAAAAUACCCGGUGAUGAUCUACAUCCACGGAGGUGAAUUUGUUCGUGGAGCAUCCAACACCUUCCCCGCUCACAUGUUGGCAGCAUUCUACGAAGUGGUAGUGGUUUCCUUCAACUAUCGUCUGGGUGCACUUGGUUUCCUUUCGACGGGGGAUGAAAAUUCACCCGGAAACUAUGGCAUCUUAGAUCAGAUAAUGGCCGUUAGAUGGGUGUACGACAACAUCGAAGCGUUCAACGGUGAUCGUGACUCAAUAACACUGUUUGGGCCAGGAGCUGGUGCAGCAUCCGCCGGUUUGCUGAUGGUAGCUCCCCAGACGAAAGAUAUCGUAACAAGAGUGAUAGCACAGUCCGGAUCGGCGGUGGCUGACUGGGCAUUGAUUGUGGAUAAGUACCGUGCGCAAAAUACGAGCAGAGUGUUUGGACAGAUGGUUGGAUGUUCAAUUGAAACUUCGUGGAAGUUGGUAAACUGUAUGCGGCAAGGUAGAAGCUUUUACGAGCUGGGAAAUGCAGAGUUUGCGCCCCAUGUGGGAUUAUUUCCUUGGGGUCCGGUGCUGGAUAUAAACUUUACCUAUCCGGGAGAUGAAUGGUAUGAAGGAUGGAGAGAACGGGAUUGGCAUUUCCUAUCUGAAACUCCUGAGCAACUGAUCCGAAAGGGUCACUACAAUCGAGGACUUCAUUACAUGAGUGGAGUUACACAGCAAGAGGCAGCUUUUGUGAUAACUCAAAAUGAAACACUUGCUCCUUAUUAUGAAAUAGACGAAAAGUUUUUCAAGCAGAAGGUUUGGGAGUUAGUUUACCGAUAUAAUUAUACGCUAAACCUAAAUGGAACAUAUGAAGCCAUCAAGUACAUGUACACUCAUUGGCCAGAUCCCAAGAAUACUACGUUCAUUCGAGAGCAGUAUAUCAAUCUUCUUUCGGAUUUCCUGUAUCGUGCACCAGCGGACAAAAUGAUGAAACUUCUCGUGGAGCGCCGGGUUCCGGUUUAUAGUUACGUCACGAACACCACUAUAGAGGGCCUGAAGCUUGCUUAUUGGCGUAAGGUUCCACAUGACAUUGAACACUAUCUCUUGACGGGUGCACCGUUCAUGGACGUCGAGUUCUUCCCGCGGAAGGCACGCUUGGAUCGACUAAUGUGGACAGAUAACGAUCGAAAUAUGAGCCAUUUCUUCAUGAAGACUUACUCAGACUUUGCGCGCUACGGCAAUCCAACUCCUCAGCGGGUGCUUGGAUUGCACUUUGAAAAAGCCAUCAACGGAGAGUUGCGGUAUUUGAAUUUGAACACAACUUAUAACUCUUCUAUUAUGAUGAAUUAUCGACAGACGGAGAGUGCCUUCUGGACACAGUACAUACCAGCCGUGGUUGGAGUCCUCGUUCCUACAUACCCACCGUCAACAGAGUUCUGGUGGGAACCGAAAGAACCGUUACAGAUUGCGUUUUGGAGUAUGUCCGCCGCCUGUAUGCUACUGCUAGUAAUUGUGGUAAUUUGUUGCAUACUGUGGAGAAACGCUAAGAGGCAAUCGGACCGGUUCUACGAUGAAGGUGUGUUUGUAGUUGACAACCCGGAAUCCGAACGCGAGAUCGGAAUCGACAACAAUGUGCUGCAAGCCCAGCCACUCCGUACACGGGACAACAUCUACGAGUAUCGUGACUCUCCAUCCAAGUAUGGCAAACAUCCGCCUACCGAUGCCGCCUCUAUCCGAUCUCCUAGCUCGCUGGGAAUGACUCAAAUCACCGGGAAAUCCAUAUCCGGCAGUCAAAGCUCGCUACGCAGUGCCAUUUCGUUGAAAGAAUCAUCGACAACCGUCAGUCCCACUCCGAGGUCCGAAUCGAACUUCGAUCGUAACAUUAAGUACGCAGAACGGGGAGUAGACACCGAAAUACACAAAAACGGCAAAUAUCCACGAUCGGAUUCGAAAACAACGUUGAAUAAUACUACGUCGAGGGAGUUUGCUACCAGCACACCAGUAGAAAGUGUUUCCAGAUCUCAGCAGCCGACGCCGCAGCCAGCAAGUCGAGGAGGCCGUCCAGGCAAUGACCGAAGCAACAAUGCAAGUCGAACUAAUUUAAUCGAGGGAAUUCCUCAGACCGAAGUUUAAUUGUAAAUACGAGAAUUUAUUUUAAUAUAGACUUACAAUUUAAUGUAAUUAUUCAUAACGAUCGACGUUAUGAAAUGCCACGCAUCCCCAUCACAAUCAAUUAGAAUCAACCUUGAUGAUCAUAACAUAUCAGGUUAGGUUAGGUUAAGUUAGGUAAAAUUAGAUCUCUAAGACAAUCGAAACCGUACUGUAGCAAGAUAACGAUAAAAUCUACAAUAGAUUGACAUUAGGCUGUAAGUGAAAAGUUAGCACCAAGUGCCUUGCUAUUCAAAAAAUCAUAUUUCCGAACCAUACAAAUUAGUUCGUAAUGAUUUCGAUUAGAUAAAUGACUCACGAACUGAUGCAGGAACUAAAGUUGGGAGUCGAAUACGUACUGAAUGUUAGGUUAGCUAAUUGUUUUAUGUUUUGUGUAUAUUACUGUGCUGUGCAUGUCCACGUGUCAGUGUAUCCGUCCAAUUUUGUUUAAGUGUACCGUGUUAACGUUUUCCUCUGUUGAACCAUGUCUUCACAGCGCAGGUGGUUAGUAGUCGAACAGUUUUCAAUUUUCUGUUUAGUUUUUAAGUACUUAUUUCGUCUGUAUGUUCUUUUGCUUCUGCGAUAAGAAAUAAUCAAAGCAAACAUUUUAGGCCAAACUGUGCAAAUAUUGUUACUCUUAAAACCGUACCCAAUUAGUGAAUGUAAAUAUUUAUUGUCUUCCAUUUUAUGCAUUCCAACAUAAUUUUCAUGUAAGCCUACUUUCAUCUGUUUGGCACUAUCAUUCGGUUCAAUUUUUUUUAUAUUAUAAAACAAAAUGGUAAGCAUUUAUGAGACGUGUACAUAUAGUGAUGCUUAGAAAUGAUUGAUUACCAUUUAAGUAUUAUUGAGUUUAGUUUUACUACACAAAAAGUGUGAGAUAGGCGUUUUAAGCAAUGUUCUAAGAGUUUAGCAUAAUUUUCAAAAAUAUUGUAAAUUGAAUGAUCAAAAUA